CAUGAUCUAAUUUUGUAAAGCGCGGUAGUAGCAUAUGCAUAUGCACGUGCCGUUUUCUCUGGUUAUUUAUAAUACUUUUUAUAUAAAAUUCUUGACGAAGUACAAUUUUAUAAUAUUUUGUGUGAAGUUACAAAUUUAGUGAUAUUAUUAUAAAUCAAAAUGAGUACAAUCUUGGAGAAAAUUGCUUCGAUCGAAGCAGAGAUGGCACGUACACAAAAGAACAAAGCAACGUCUGGUCAUUUAGGCUUGUUGAAAGCAAAAUUAGCAAAAUUGAGACGUGAACUUAUAACACCAAAAGGAGGUGGUGGUGGUGGAGAACAAGGAUUUGAAGUUGCUAAAACUGGAGAUGCUCGGAUAGGUUUUGUCGGUUUUCCUUCUGUUGGUAAAUCUACAUUAUUAAGUACACUUGCGGGUGUAUACUCUGAAGUUGCAGCAUAUGAGUUUACAACUUUAACUACUGUUCCUGGUUGUAUAAAAUAUAAGGGAGCAAAAAUACAGUUAUUGGAUUUACCAGGUAUUAUUGAAGGUGCUAAAGAUGGAAAAGGUCGUGGAAGACAAGUAAUAGCUGUAGCUAGAACUUGUAGUUUGAUUUUUAUUGUUUUGGAUGUGCUUAAACCGUUGGGACAUAAGCGCUUGAUAGAACACGAAUUGGAAGGUUUUGGAUUACGACUUAACAAGCAACCACCUAAUAUUACUUUUAGGAAAAAAGAAAAAGGUGGUGUCAACUUGCAAACCACGUGUGCACAAUCAGAACUUGAUUUAGAGUCAGUCAAGGCCAUACUGGCAGAGUACAGAAUUUACAAUGGAGAUGUAAAUCUACGAUAUAAUGCUACAUCGGACGAUUUGAUUGAUGUCAUUGAAGGGAACCGAGUUUACAUACCAUGUAUUUAUUUGUUGAAUAAAAUCGAUCAAAUAAGUAUAGAAGAAUUGGAUGUUAUAUAUAAAAUACCACAUUGUGUACCUAUUUCUGCUCAUCACAAAUGGAAUUUUGAUGAUUUGUUGGAGAAGAUGUGGGAUUAUUUACAACUCGUUAGAAUUUAUACCAAACCUAAAGGUCAACUACCAGAUUACAAUUCUCCUGUAGUAUUAAAUACAGAAAGAAGAACGGUAGAAGAUUUUUGCAAUAAACUUCAUAGAUCAAUAGCAAAGGAAUUCAAAUAUGCGUUAGUAUGGGGGUCAUCGGUAAAACAUCAGCCACAGAAAGUGGGAAAGGAUCAUGUCUUGUGCGACGAGGAUGUUGUACAAAUAGUAAAAAAAGUGUGAUUUUAUUUUGUGGUAUAUAUAUAUGUGAGUAAAUAUUGAAAAAUAAUAUUGAUUGAAAACAAAAAGAGGACAAGCGAUUUGCGUAUUAUACUUAACAGCUUAAUAGUAUAAUACUCUUUUUAAAUUUAAUUUCACUUUACAAAUAAAGUUGUAAAAUUAGGAUUUGGUAUUAGAUUAUAUCUUUCAAACUAAAAGGAUAAACAGAAAUAUGUACAUAUAGAUACAUAUAUCUUUCAUAAUGAUAGAUGUAUAAGUUGAUGUAGUAAUAUCAAACAGGAUUAAAAAAAAGAAAAAAAAAGAAAAAAAAAAGAAAAAAAA